GGUCAUUUGGACACCUACCUCGGGUACAAAUCAUUUCACAAACGUUUCAUUUUAGUGAUACCCGUAAAGAACGCAUAAAAGUUUGACUUGCCUAGGUUUAGUUUGAAAAAAAUCCCAGUUUGGCAACUUGUUCGGGAAAGAGUCCGUAAAUUAAUAGUCAGCAAUGGGUGUGGAGAAUGGAAAGAAGUACGAGGCAACGGACAAUAGCCAGCAAGACGAGAAGGGUUCUAGAUUUUUUGUCUACUACUUAACUUGUUUCGCAACAAUGGGCGGAUUACUAUUCGGCUAUGAUACCGGUAUUAUAUCUGGUUCAAUGCUUUUAAUUGGCGAUAACUGGAACCUGUCGACAAUAUGGAAAGAGUUAAUCGUCAGUGCCACUGUCGGGGCGGCAGCCUUAUUUGCUCUGAUUGCCGGAUACUUGACGGACUGCAUUGGACGGAAGAAAGUAGUUAUGCUUGCCAGUGUGAUUUUCACGGGAGGUGCUGUUCUCAUGGGGGUGUCCCAAAACAAGGAAAUGCUACUAGCGGGCCGAUUAGUUGUGGGGGCGGGAAUAGGUUUCGCUUCCAUGUCUAUCCCAGUAUACGUGGCCGAGGCAGCCCCCGCUGAUAUUCGUGGACGGUUGGUAACAAUCAAUCAGCUGUUUAUAACCAUUGGCAUACUCAUCUCCAGUAUAGUCGCAGGCCUCUUCAGUGGUAUGCAAGAGGAUGGCUGGAGAUACAUGUUGGGUUUAGCAGGUGUUCCCAGCGUUAUUCAGUUCUUUGGAUUUAUUGGUCUGCCGGAAAGUCCUAGGUGGCUGAUGGAAAAGGGACGUAGGGAGGAUGCGAUGAAGGCUCUACAGAAAAUCAGAAAGGUCAAAAGAGUUGAAAACGAGCUGAAAGAAAUCGAGAUGGCAAUUGACCAAAGUAGACAAGCUGAAAUGGAAGGCGGUAAAGGAGUACUUGGGCGUAUGUUGAGGACGCAGCCUGUCAGGAGAGCGCUCUUUCUUGGUUGUGGUAUGCAGCUUUUCCAACAACUCUGUGGAAUCAAUACUGUCAUUUACUACAGCGCGUCUAUUUUGAAACUGGCUGGGUUCCCGGUGGAGCUGGCUAUUUGGCUUGUCUGUGUACCGAACACCGUCAACUGCUUGUGUACAUUUAUUGGUAUAUGGCUGGUCGAGCGGAGCGGCAGAAGAUGGCUUACAAUUUUCAGCAUGAUCGGUGUGAUGAUUGGACUGGCUGUGUUGGCUAUUGGUUUCCAGCUGUCUAUAAAGUUUACCCCCGAAAUGGGCGUAUACGAGGCGGGAAUGAAUAACAAUUCAAUGACAAACAGUACAAAUAAGUGUUUUUCAUUCAAUUUAUGCGAGGACUGUAUAACCGACGAAGGUUGUGGUUUCUGUUAUGAGAAAGAUAAUGGAGCAUCAAGCGGAAGUUGUUUGCCAGCAUUCAAGGACAAUCCGGAACGCUACGCCUACUUGCAGUACAAUGACACUCGUACGAAUAAUUUUACUGACGCCAACUUCCGGUGUAACAAGAUAAGUACCUGGGACAAACCACGCAGUGAAAGAAUAUACAACUGGGCCGACAGUUUUUGCCCUACAAAAUACAGUUGGAUGGCUGUACUUGGACUGGCAUUAUUUGUUAUGGGUUUUGCACCAGGUCUUGGACCUAUGCCUUGGACAAUCAACUCGGAGAUCUAUCCAAACUGGGCUAGAAGCACAGGCACCUCCUUAGCGACAGCCACUAACUGGGUGUUCAAUCUCAUUGUCUCCCUUACGUUCCUUUCACUUCUAGAAAGUGUCGGAAAAUAUGGCACAUUCUGGCUAUACUUUGGUGUCUGCUUCCUAGGCAUGCUGUUCAUGUGUUUCAUGUUGCCGGAAACGAAAAACAAAUCUUUAGAACAAGUUCAAGAGUUAUUUAUGUCAGCGGAAUACAAGGCGGAAUAUCUGAAAAAUAAAGAGGCAAACAACGCCCCCGCCGAUGACACGAAGUUUUGAAUAUAAAACACAGUUUGUACGAAGUAUUCAUAAAAAAGAUCUGAAAACGUUUUAUCAUCGUAGAAACAAACACUAAUGGUCAACAGAAAAUUAUCGUAAUUCUCAGUGAACCUAUAUAAAUGCCAAUUUACGCCAUUUUUCAUUCGAAGCUAUAUGUUAUUAAUGACAGCAGGGGUGCAAAAAAUCUACAUCUUCGUUUACAAAGAGGGCAUCUUCGCUUACACACAGAGCGUCUUUGUUUAUACAGAGGGCGCAGUAUAUUUGAACCCCAAUAUAAAAUAUAUAACUGAUUUUUUGUAGAACCAGGCUAAGUAGUAUAUACAUCAAAUUUCAAAAGCCUCUUAAGACAUUUUACACCAUUCAAUGCAUUGUUCUUACACUUUACAUGAAUCGUAUACAAGCAUUCACAUGUCAAAAAGUUUACAUUGACGUCCGCGUUCAUAAACUACAAAUAUUAACAAAUUUUAAGAGGAAACGCUUUUUUUCAACAAAUAUGUAACAUCCGGAUACGCUAAAUUGAAUUCAUUACUGAAUAUUCAGACAUGACAAUGAAAUCUUUAUGUGCAUAUUUCUAUACAAAAUGUAUUACAAUUUCAUGUAAUUCAAAAACGUCCCAGUCACAGAUGGGGUGAUUUUUUUCAUUUACUGAAAAAGUUUAAAAAAAUAAUUCAGUUACUGGACAUGAACAUUACAAUGUCUUGUGUCAGUCACGUGACCAUAUACAUGUAUAUGUAGCCAAACUGUGUGUAAUUUUGUAAACAUUUUGUACAUACACUCACAUUUAAUCAACAGCAACAUUUACAUUAUUACAUGUGUGCCUUCAUUGCUAAGCAAAGUGCAGCUUCUGGGAAAAUUGAGGCCAUUUGGUAGAUUCAUGUAGUUAUUAGUAUAUUGUAAACACUUGUUAAAUUACACUUGUCUGUCCAAUUAUACUGAAGUAAAAAUAAUAAACUGCAAAUAUAUAUUAAAAUGGCUCAAACACUACUAGUACACUUAUAUGUCUUUGACUGGGGCAGAAAUAGAUGAUGGGCUUUUCUGCCCAUAAUAUCUUUUAAUUAAGUGUUUCAUUUUUGUUAUGUUAAGGUAUCUGGUCCACAAAUAAGCAUGUUCUAUAUAACAGUGCUUUUAAAAUAUAUCAAAUACUGAUGCCUGGUAAGCUCAUAUAAUUUUGGUAUCAUUUAAAAGUGUAUUGUCUCCUGUAAAAGAAAAGAUAAAUUACAUGACAAAAAUAUGUUAUAGAUUUUUUUCACUUCAUAAUUUUCAAACACCUGCUUCAACAGAAAUCCAAUUAUUAUAGUAUAAUAUUUAUCAUAUUGCAGUCAAAAAACAUGACUGUAGUGAUUGGUGCAUAUUAUUAUGGUCAUCUUAUUUACUAAUUCUUGUUUUUAGCAGACACAACUCUUUCAAAUGAUACAAAAAAAAAAACAACAUGGGGUCACCAGGCAUAUAAAUGUUUUGUGGAUUGGAUACCUUAAAGUAUCACUGUCCCCAGAUCAUAAAAAAUGACCUAUCAUCAAACAUAAGCUUCAAUUUCCAACAACAUAAAAAAGUUUAUAUUUUAUAUUUGGAAUGUUUUGCUAAGAUUUUAAUUGACUUUGCCUUAGAAUAAAAUUCACAUCAUAUACUUAUAAAAAUCCAAGUAAAGGGACAUAACCAUGACAUACACUUUAUACUCUUUUAAUAAUUAUUUUAGAUUUUACACAGUACUUCAAAUUGAGUCUCAGAGUCAAAAUAUUCCCCAAAAAGUUAGUAUGUACUCCCUUUAAAAAAUAAAAAAUCUAAAAGAGCCUUUGGAAGCAUAUAGAAAGCAACCAAGGAAAAUAAUAGCAGACACGCUUUGAGUCUGUUCAUGGGGAAACACCCCACCCCUCAUGCCCCUAGCACUGACUUGAGCAGAAUUUUAUUAUAGUAAAACAGAAUGGACUCAGUGAUCCAAAAGGUCCAGAAAAUAUAACAACACAGAGUCCAAGUACACGGAGCUCUGUGUGUACAUUUAGACUUUUUGUAGGUACUUUUUUUUGGGUACAUUUUACUUAAGAGUACAUUUUGAUCUGCAUCCCUUUUAUAGUACCCUAAGGCCUGUUCUCACUUUGACACGUUCAUUUAUAUGACUGCACUUGUAAUGUUAUUAACUGCAUAUAGUUUUUAGUUUUCCUAUACAGAGAAUAAAUAUCUAUUGUUAAUACAUAUAUUUCAAAAUAUGCCUUCUAUAAUAUAUCUAAAUACAUGACUAGACUAGCUGCUAGUCUGAUAUUAAAAUUAGUACAUGUA